AGUUAUACCUGUUGUGUACCUGUUUGAAAUCCAAACCAGGAAGUGUUCUUGGUCAACCGUCUCAUAACAGAUCAAGUACAAUAACAUUUUGUCAUUGAUCUCCGUUUGUGGUGGAUGUAUUGAUACUGUACCAUUAUCAUUCUGACAAGAAAGUGGACGAACAUAAAGUUUUAGGGUGUCGUGUGUUUAUAAAACUAUCUAUACAAGACUACAACAUGGUUUUGAGAUUUUGUGUCGUCAAUCUGGCUAUCAUCCAUCUUGUUUGCUGUCGACCUUGCAGUAUAUCUGAUGAUGGAAAGACAGCAAAUUGUUCCAAUCGACACUUAACCCAAAUUCCAAAACUAUCCAGACAUACUGAGUAUUUAGAUCUCUCGGGAAACAACUUCACUACUUUGAGAAAUUCUUCUUUUGAACAUCUUCCUCAACUGAAAAAAUUAAAUUUAAACAGAUGUCAUGUCGAUCACAUUGACGAACAAGUGUUUGCGGUCCUUGGAAACUUGCAGAAAUUAUCCAUAAGUGAGAACAGAAUUAAUAUUUUACACCAAAGAUUCGAACACCUACGGUUUCACUACAACCCCUUACUGACACAUCUAGAUUUAUCCUACAAUACCCAGGUAAGGCUACAGAAGAUGGUAGAAAGUGUGUAUCCUGACAAGGUAUUCGGAUCACUGAUAAAUCUUCAAGUACUCAUCAUGGACCUUCUACCAAAUCCGGUGUUCGGUGAAGGUUUCAGCAAUCUGACGAAUAUCAAAUCAUUGAUUUUCAGGGAUUGUGCAAUAUUACAUCUGAGGAAUGAUACAUUCAAAUAUUUCCAGAACUUAACAAACUUGACGUCCUUAGAGAUGUCGAAUUGUCAGGUUCACAUCGAACCGUGGGUAAAAGUUGAGACAGCGGUCCUUCAAUACUUCUAUAAUUUGCAAAAUCUUGAUCUCUCAGGAACAAUGAUAACAUUUCCUGUUGCCAUGGAUAUUUUGUAUGGACUUACGGUUACAACAAAUUCUACUCAUCCUGUAAGGGAAAUGAAACUUUUAAACUUAUAUAAUGUGAAUCCAUUGCGCAUGUUAUGGAUAUAUGACGUUACUUAUACGGUAAAAGUUACCACAACCAUGACUAGGUACUACAAUCACUUAUGCAUCGAGGAUGUAAACAUUGGUAAAAAUGGAAUUACAGAAAUGGAGGUAAACUCAGUAACAAGCUUUAUAAACAGUACAUGCUUAAAACGUUUUGUGCUUCGUGAAAAUAAUUUCCUAUUGACCUUUCCAAAAUUUUUGUUUGUUAUUGUAAGUUCUCUUACACAUGCUGUGAAUCUACAGGAAUUUGAUUAUUCAUUUAUAGCAAUACAGUUCCCAGGUGCGGUCGGAAAUCAAGUCUCGAACAUAGGUUCGAAUGAAAACAAUAAAAACCUGGCUCAUCUUAUUUUUCAUCCGCAAACAACACGACAUUUUUGGCGAAAAAGAAGAGGAAAAGAAGAGGCAAGAUGUGAAAUUCCAAUAACAUCAAAACAUCUUAGUCAUGUUCGAUCAUCACACCUGCUGUUCCCGUUUUCAGUACAAUGCGAUUUUGAUGUGUCGCAGUCGCCAAUGUUGACUUAUAUUGACAUGUCAUACAUGGCUAUUGCUGAUAUGGACUUCAGUUUUCUCGGGGCAAAUCUCUCGUACUUUGACGUCUCCGGAUUGGAUUUUGGAACUUCAGGUAGCAGGCUUUUAGGUAAUCUUGUAAGUGUCCAAACAUUAGUGAUCCGUGACGCAAACCUUGAUAGAGCGUUUAGCAACGGUAAUUAUAUUUUCAGAAAUGUGAACCGCAUAGACGAACUGGAUAUGUCCUCAAACCAUCUGAACAGCUUACCAAAUGAAACACUCAAAGGCCUCGAAACUUUUCAUAAAAUAAAAUUGGCCUGGAAUUUCCUGAAAGAAUUUCCUCCUGGGUUAUAUCAGAUGACUAACUUAUCGUAUAUUGAUUUAAGAUAUAAUCAAUUGUUAUUUUUAGAUAAGAUUACGACAGACUGGUUGGAUGAAAGGGCCGAUAUGUCUAAAUCUGGCAUUACUGUGUUAUUGGAUGGUAAUCGUUUUGCAUGUACAUGUGAUUCAGCAGAUUUUGUUUCCUGGAUUAUGGUGACAAACGUAACCUUACACCAAAGAAAACCUGCAAACUACAAUUGCACUUUAAAGGACGGUACCUAUUCUAAUAUGAAAUACAUCUACGAUAAUCGGGACGAUUUUUUCAGUAAUUGUGACGAUCAUCUUUUCUGGUUAGAAUUUUCUAUAUCGGCAAUAAGUUUAGUAGUUUUGGCUCUAGUGUGCGCUACAAUUGGACACACUUUCAGGUGGAGAUUACUCUACUUCUUUUACAGGAAAUGUAAAAUCACACCCGGCUUGGAGGACACCACUUCGUACAGUUUGAUCUUUUUGUUGCAUACGAUGCAGCAGAUUCUCCGUGGAUCUGGCAACAGUUGAGACCUAAACUAGAGCUUCAACAUAACAUACAUUUGUGUUUACAUGAGCGCGACUUUGAAGUCGGUGAAUCUAUUUCUCAGAACA